AUGGAAUUCGACGACCAUGAAUUCCACGUCCCUCCUCCACCUCGUCGUCCACCAUCACCCACUACCUCGGACAGGGAUGACGAGAAUGCAGUCGAGAACUCCGUCCUUCUCCGUCGCUCCCAUUCACCGCCUCCUGCCAGUCCAGAAGACGAUAGAAUGUGCCGCAUCUGCUUUGGCGGCGUUGACGAUGAGCCGGAAAUGGGUAGAUUGAUUCGGCCUUGCUUGUGUAAAGGAUCCGUAUCGUUUGUACAUGUCAAGUGUCUGAAUGACUGGCGACGGGCUUCGCGUAAUCGGACGUCAUAUCUCGCGUGUGCUCAGUGCGGGUAUAAGUAUCAUUUCGCACGCACACGCGUCGCCGGACUGGCAACCAAUCCAUUCAUAUUAUUCCUCGCCACCCUCAUUCUGUUCUGUAUCAUCACACUGGCAGCAGGGUCGGUGAUGUCUUACUUCCUCCCACCCUAUCUUCUGUCUUCGACGACGGAUCCUCAAUCUACAACCAAAUCUCCUCUACUCGUCAAAGCCCUCCUGGAAGAGGAUGACGAAGAUGAAGAUGACUUCACCACACAGCUCUUCUUCUAUACCCCGGCUGGUGCAAUUCAGGAUGUCCUCGAGUCUGCCCUCCGUGCUUUCCUCUCUGGGGACGCCCUACGAUUGAUGGCUUCCUUUCUGGGCUUUUCUUCAAAUUCGAAGCAAAUACCGAUCGACAAUCCUGUCACCGGCUUCAAGCAGACGGUACGCAUUGGUACAGAGACACCUCUCCCGAUACACGUACCUCCCUUCUUGGCGGGUAUCCUUCAGAGGCUUGCUAUCGGCACUGCAACUAUCGGGAUUCUCUCAUUCGUCAACCUCCUCCUUUCUUUUUCUCUUUUGCUCCCUAUUCAGAUGGGUCUGCGCAACGUUUUCCGCCGCGGACCCCGUGACAGCAGCGCUACUUCAACCGCGCUGAUAAUCUUGUUUAUUAUUAUCGGCCUGGGUCGGGCGAUACACAAGGUGUACAAGGUAACACGGAUCCUCGCUGGCUUUAUCCUUCUCAUGGCGGAAACCGCGAUUUUGGACGUAACCCAAGAGGAUAUGGAACGCGAACGAAAAUCCAUUCGGGCAUGCUUCCAGCAAGUUCAUCUCAAGUUCUUGGUGCGGCGCAGCUGGUUCUAUCGCCUACUGAAGUUUGAACCCGCUGCUUGGAGUGAUGUCCGGAGGGCGAUUAGAAGAGGGUAUGAAGGCUUUGUUGAGCCCCAAGCAGGUUAAUUUUCUUUCUCACUGUAAAGUAUUG